AUGAAAUAGUAGCGUCAACCGGAAGUUCCUAUCUUCAAUUUGUGUAAGCGUUUAGCUUUGCACUCCUCCGUUGGGGAGUUCUCUUGCAUUGAGCUGCACAGUCGUCCAACACUGAAUGUUUAUAUGAUUUCAGCGAUCUGACCAUUACUUUGUCUUUUAAUCAAAGCCUGACAGAAGAAAUGUCUGGUAUGGGAGGAGGUAAGAGGACAGCCGGAAUUGGAGGGGACAGCCCCCCUGGACCAGUGGAAAAGAAGGGGAAAAAAGAAGAGAAAACCACCACCACAUUGAUUGAACCUAUUCGCAUAGGUGGUGUGUCCUCUACGGAGGAGAUGGACAUGAAAGUGUUGCAGUUUAAAAACAAAAAGCUAUGCGAGCGCCUGGAGCAAAGGCAGGCCAUGGAAGACGAAUUGCGUGAGCGCAUCGAGAAGCUGGAGAAGCGGCAGGCCACUGACGAUGCCACCCUGCUCAUCGUCAACCGCUACUGGAGCCAGUUGGAUGACAGCGUCCAGGUCAUGCUCCACCACUUUGAUCCAGAGGUGAAGGCAGAACCUGCUCCUGUCCCGAGUCCAGAGAAAAUGGAGAGCGAAGAGGUCCAGGAAAAGGUUCUGGAGGAGGAAGAGGAGCAGCGGCCUGAGGAAUCCACCAAGGAGCCUGAGAUGCCGGCAGAUUGUGGUGGCGGUCACGCAUGCCCUCCCGCCCCCCUCAGUGACACGGCCAAGAACUUCCUGUGUGCUCUGGGCAGCAGCAGUGAAGAGGAGGUCAGCCUGCAGCUGCAGGACCGCAUGCAGUUCAGCAAGGAGGCCGUGGCCCGCAUGGUCUGCGCCUUCGACCGGCUGCACCAGCGCAUCGAGAGCCUCUGUGCCCGGGUGCAGGCUGCAGUGUGUGAGGAUGAUCAUCAGAGGGACGUCCUGACUCUGAGCCGUACCCUCCUGCAAGAAAACAGCCAGUUACAAGACCUGGCCUCGUCCCUGCAGGGGAGACACCAUCGUAUGUCCCUGGAGUACAAUGAAUUGGUGGACAAGGUGACAAGCUCGGAGACCAAGGUGUCAGAGAUGGAGACAGCCGUGGAGGACUUGCAGUGGGAUAUAGAAAAACUUCGGAAGAGAGAGCAGAAACUCAACAAGCACUUGGCUGAAGCUCUGGAGCAGCUGAACUCUGGGUACAACUACUCUGGGAGCUCAAGAGGACUUCCAGGUGGACAGAUAACCCUCAACAUUCAGAAGUUUGAGCUAUUGAAUGCAGAGCUUGAGCAAAACCAGGAACUAGCUAACAACCGUAUGGCAGAGCUGGAGAAGCUCCAGCAGGAGCUGCAGGAGGCCGUCAGAGAAAGUGAAAAACUCAAGAUGGACCUGCGGAACAUCCCAGAGGAGGUGGUCAAGGAGACCCCAGAGUAUAAGUGCCUCCAAUCGCAGUUCUCACUGCUCUACAAUGAGUCCCUGGGAGUGAAAACGCAGCUGGACGAGGCCCGAGCCCUGCUGCUGACUGCCAAGAACGCACACCUGCGACAGAUAGAGCACAUGGAGAGUGAUGAGCUCUCCCUGCAGAAGAAGCUGCGUACUGAGGUCAUCCAGCUGGAGGACACGUUGGCUCAGGUCCGCAAGGAGUAUGAGAUGCUCAGGAUUGAAUUUGAGCAGAACUUAGCAGCCAAUGAGCAAGCAGGCCCGAUUAACAGAGAGAUGCGGCACCUCAUCAGCAGCCUUCAGAACCAUAACCACCAACUGAAGGGAGACCUGCAGCGCUACAAGAGAAAGCUCCGGGAAACCCAGGCCGAAAUCAACAAGCUGCGCUGUCAGAGUGGAGAGGUGGGAGUCUUAGUUUUGGAAGAUGCCGGAAAUGACGGAGGGGUGGAUGUGAAGAAAGAGGAGGACGAAGAACAGGAGGAGGAAGAGGAGCGGAGGAGAGAGCUAGAAAGGCAGCGAGCCCGGGAGAGGGAGAGAGAGGCAGAAAGGGAGCGAGAACGUGAACGGGAGCAGAGGGAGAAGCUGAGGAGCGAGGAGCUGAAGAGGAAGGACUGCGACACGCUGAAGAUGCUCAGGGCCGAGCUCAAGAAAGCUCAGGAAUCACAGAAGGAGAUGAAGCUUUUACUGGACAUGUACAAAUCAGCCCCCAAAGAGCAGAGAGACAAAGUGCAGCUCAUGGCAGCCGAGCGCAAGUCCAAAGCUGAGGUGGAGGAGCUGAGGGUACGAGUGCGAGAGCUUGAAGAAAGAGAAAGGAAAGAGAGCAAGAAGCUGGCCGACGAGGAUGUCCUGAGGAAGAUUCGUGUGGCAGAGGAAACCAUUGAGCACUUGCAGAAGAAACUUAUAGCAACAAAACAGGAGGAGGAAGCUUUGCUUAGCGAGAUGGACGUCACAGGUCAGGCUUUCGAGGACAUGCAGGAGCAGAACAGCCGACUCAUGCAGCAACUGAGAGAGAAGGAUGAUGCCAACUUCAAGCUGAUGAGCGAGCGCAUCAAGUCCAACCAGAUAUACAAGCUGCUGAGGGAGGAGAAGGAGGAGCUGGCCGACCAAGUGCUAACGCUAAAGACGCAGGUUGACGCGCAGUUGCUGGUGGUGCAGAAGCUAGAGGAGAAGGAGGGGGUGCUUCAGAGCUCUCUGGUUACUCUGGAGAAGGAGCUUGGUAUCCGCACUCAGGCACUGGAGCUCAAUAAGAGGAAGGCUGUGGAAGCGGCGCAGCUUGCUGAAGAUCUGAAGGUGCAGCUGGAUCACACUCAAGCCAAAAUGCGGGAGAUCCAGGCCUCUGUGUCUGACAACCGCUCGGCCCGGGAGCGAGAGAGCUUCAACCUCAAGAAGGCCCAGGAAGAUUUGUCCAGGCUACGUCGAAAGCUGGAGAAGCAGAAGAAAGUGGAGGUGUACACAGAUGCGGAUGAGAUUUUGCAGGAGGAGAUCAAUCAGUACAAGGCGAAGCUGCGCUGCCCCUGCUGCAACACUCGGGACAAGGAGACCGUGUUGACCAAGUGCUUCCAUGUCUUCUGCUACGAGUGCCUUAAGACGCGCUACGACACGCGGCAGAGGAAGUGCCCCAAGUGCAAUGCCGCCUUUGGCGCCAACGACUUCCACCGCAUCUACAUCACUUAGGGGGGUGAUAGCUGGUGUCCAGCCAGUGGGGAAGCCUUCGUCAUUCUGUGUACCAAUUUUGAGGAAAUACUUUGCUGUAUCUUGUACAAAAUGUGAGGGGUGAAUAGAGAAGGAGAGGCAGGCGGGUGUGAUGGUGUCUGAGUAGCAUUGCAGUCAUAGGUAAAACUGGUUUGGGCACUUUGUGAUGUGGACAGAGCAGACUCACCCGCUCGGAGUCAUCUCCACAGUGCUCUGCCGGUCUCACUAGAUCCCGAAAGCCUCCUGUGCUCAUUUUCGAGUGUGCUUCUCUUCGUUAGCUAAUUAUGCUGCACAUUUGUGUUGCUAAGCACAUUAAUACAGACGUCAUGUCAGUAAUUAUGCAUCUGUUAAAUCAGAAAGUUACGCCAUAUCAUUUCCCUUGUCUAAGCACCCAAAAUAAUACUGGACCAUCUGAUUAUCUAUAUUUACUGCUUUGAUGCCCUUGUUAUUGCUAUAAAAACAAUAAACAGUUUUGCAUUUUCUAAUGAUAAAUAUUUGCUUUUGAAUUGGAGUGUUCCAGGAAAGCUGAGUUAAUUUUUAGGUGUCACAAUAUAACUUUUACAUCAAAUGGAUUUUUUAGAAAUGCCUUGUUAGAGAGCUCCCUCCCAUCACAAAAUUACUCGUACUGUUUUUAACAUGGUUAUUAUGCGAUCUUCAGAAGAACAAUACCUUAUUAAAACAUUAUAAUGAUUUUUCUUCAGUGAUUCACCAAAAAUAUGACAUCCACACUGCACUUGUGCAUCCCACAGCUCCUUGAAAUUAUUUCCUGUACUUUGCAUCAGUUGUCAUUGUGCAUUUAGAAUAAAAUCUUUUAACCAUUCUGAAAAACUUAAAGGUUUCUUAUUCAGAAGUAUAGUAGGUUAUUUUUCCUUUUUUUUUAUUGUAACUUAUUUUGCCACUUGGUAAAGAUUUGAGAUGUUUUUGCAUUCCAGCAUUUUAUAUAGAGAGAAGCUAAGGUUUGGCAGCAUUAUCACUGUAAUACGACGUAAAAUUGUCUUGUUAAAUAGUUAUUUAGCGUACAGAAAAUAAAUCCAAAUGGACACAUUUUGAUAAAGGU